AUGCACAAGGGACUUUUACUGCUGGCAGCGCUCGGCUUGACCUGCUGCUUGGCAGCACCUGCGCCAGAGCCCGCACCGGCUCCAGCUCCCGCGCCAGCACCAGAGCCCAGCUUUGGACAUGACUAUCAUCUCGGCUAUGGCGGUCUGGGCCUGGGCCUGGGCCACUAUGGCGGACACUAUGGCGGACACUAUGGAGGACACUAUGGCGGCUAUGGACUAGGUCUGGGCAUAGGCUAUCAUGCGCCCAUCAUCAAGACAAUUGUCCCGCCCAUCAUUACGAAAACCAUCAUUGGCAAGAGCUACGGAUACGGCUUGGGACACGGCUAUCUGGGCGGCUACGGACAUGGCCUGUAUGGACAUGGCCUGGGCCUGGGUCUGGGCUUGGGCUAUGGCCAUGGCUAUGGCUGGUGA